AUGCAAUUCUCACGUAUCUCUGCCCUUGCUCUCGUCGUUGUCCUUGCGGACUUCAGCAUUGCUCUUCCCGUCAGCAAGGACUCAUCCAUUGCCGCUUUGAGCAAGCUCAUUCCUGCCGAUGCCACCAACAUGAUCCCUCGUAAUGCAGGAAACCCGGGAUACGAGGCUGCUCAAGCUGGAGAGGGUCCAUUGGCCCCCGCCCACCCAGCUGAGGUCCACCCGACUCCAGUCCAACCAGUUGUUGUUCACCCAACUCCAGUCCAGCCAGCUGCAGUCCACCCAACUCCAGUCCACCCAGGUGUAGUCCAACCAGCCGAUGUCCAAACCGCCGAUGUCCAGCCCGCCAACAUUGAACAAAGCGGAUUCCACCCAACCAUCCAGAACCCAGAGCAAGUACAGGGUGACCGAGUUGGAAACUCUUUGAUCGAUGUGAACAACCAGCUCCUUCUCCCUAUUGAUAUCGACUGCGUUGGAAUUGCCGUCUGCAACCCUGUUACAGUCCAAAGAGAGAGAGAGGCAAAGAACAGUGCAUAG